GAUUUCUCCAUUGGUAGCACCGUCAGUAUUACUUGGUCGUCGUCUUCCUCUUCCCUGACGCGUUCUUCCUCUGUCACGUUACAAAUACAGCACAGCGCCGUCCAUUAGCUAUGGUCCCUUGCUCCUUUUGUGCACUUCAUUUCACACUACUCUGCUGUACUCUUGAUCCAGAGAACAUCUGACUCAGCUUUUUCUUUCCUGCGCAUCGCAAGCGUAGGAAAAUGGUGGAGCUCUCCUUUGUCUCUAAAGCGAAGUCGGCCUUCCAUUCAGCGGCUGCGAAAGCGGAACGGGUUCUUGUGGACUUGAAAUCCGAGCGAGGUCCUGACAAAGAAUCGCCGGACAGAUGGACUAGCAAUCCUGAAGAUGAAUCUCAUCAGAACGAGGGCGAUUCAAAGCUUCACAGUGAAUUGAGGAAUAUGAAAUGGAGGCCUGCAUAUAGAGGAAUAAAGCAGGAUUGGCAAGAUAGGAUUAAGAACAUCAGAAUAAGGAGAAAAGAAGUUGAAGAGACGGAUGAACUCAGGGAUAUAACCAUGGCUGUUCCAUUUUAUGAGGAAAAUUUGUACACCGUCAACAAGAAAUAUGAUCUUGAGGCCAAGGUUUCAGAAGCAGUUCCCACGGUUGAAAUAUUAACUGCUGCAACUAUAGAUCCAACUUGUCCAUCAUCUGUAAUUAAAGAUUCCGUUCCCCCAUCAUCUGUGCUGAGGCAAUUGGCUAUGGCUGUUGAGGCUGGAAGGAAAACAAAGUCGAUGGAAGAUUUUACAGCUUCAACAGGAGGUUCUUCACCUGUUCAUGAUAGGGCAGGUUUAAGGCUCUCCGCAGUGAAGGCAUUAGUUUUGCGUGAAAAGGAGGACAAGCUUAACUUUAAUGAUGAUGAGAAAGUUCUGUAUUUGAUUAAUUCUCUGUUUGAUCCAGAGGGGGAAUUUUUCAAAAAGAAGAUUAACUAUGGUUCAGAGGAAACUGACCUAUCAUCAUUUCCAAGAGAUAUUCAUGGUGCUCCUCCUGAAAGCCUUGUUGCCAAGCUUGCUGAAGUCAUUGGAAACUUCAAGAACCUUCGAGAAAUGGCUCUGUUUUGGUGCAGAGUUGUUGUUGAACUGAGAAAACUUUGGUCUGAGGAGCAAUAUUUACCCAGAAUCCCCUUGGAUGAGAUUCCAGAUUUGAAAUCAUGCCUCCUGUAUCAACAACUACAAGUAAUAAAUUGCUGUAUCUCCCGGAAAAGGCACCAUGUUGCUGCUGCUGAAUCUAUGGACUCUAUGUUGCUAAAAGCCAGGUCAAAUAUUGAUGAGUUAGUUGAUUAUAGUGACUGCAACAUUGCUUCAAGUCCAGUCAAGUAUGCUAGAUUGAGUACUGGGGAGUUUGUUGUUCGACUUGGUGCUGACUGUCCUGCUGGAGAUCUGAUGUUGUUGGAAACUGGCGAGCCUGUUUAUUCUCCUGUUACCCAGGAAGGACCCCUGCUUACGGAAGAUCUGAUUGAAGAAACGGAGGAGUUUGUGCUGCAGACAAGAAGUGUUGGUGCUGCAUGCUCUCAACUCCUCUCUGAUAUGCAGGCUUUCAAGGCUGCAAAUCCAGGCUGUAUUAUGGAAGACUUUGUGAGAUGGCAUUCUCCUCCUGAUUGGAAAGAAAGGGAGACAAGUGCGGAGGCCCAGGAAUCUCUAGACGGUAGUGGUUCAUUGUCCAACAGAGGUUCUCUAAGUCUGCGGAUGCAAAAAGAAGGUAAUUUGUGGCGUGAAUUGUGGGAAGCAGCUAAGCCAGUGCCAGCUGUUAAACAGGCACCUCUAUUUGAUGAGGAUUUGGCAGUGGAGGGCAUCCUGAAAGCUCUUGAAGACAUCCAGCCUUCUGAGCUUUUUGAACAGCUGUUUAUUUCUUUGCUUGGUUCAGGAUUUGCCAUCGCUGAACCCGUGCUAUCGGAAAACAGUGACUUCUCAAAACUGUUCUCUGACUGCAAGGAGUACAUUGUAGUCACCUGCCAAGGCAAAAAUUGGAGUGAUAAAAUUGAUGACCUUUGCCAGGUAUAUGAAUCCGUGGAGGCAAUGAUACUGAAUCCUGAGGAGGCACUGGGGAUGAUGAAGCAGACCAAAGAACCAAAUAUCAUAACUGGUGAACUCAAGGAUCGGUUUAAGAGGCUUAGCCUUAAGUUUGGUGGCAAAGAUAAAUUCUUAAGAAGGCCGAUCUCCAAAGACAAGAUAAACAAUGAAGAGAACCCUAUUCGACAAUCAUUUUCAAAUUUCUUUGACAGCAAAACAUCUUUAUUUUCGAAGAAGCCCAAGCCUGUGGGAACAUGCGCUGCUGAGAGCCCUCCUUGUCUUGAAAGUGAUUGGACGAUUCUCUAGACCAAGUUCCUCAAUCCUCAAAGAUUCGUUCUUUUGAUUCGGAUUUGUUUUUUGGUUCUUUUUGUACCCUAGAAGAUAACUGUAAAUAUAUAGUUUUUUCCUUUUAAAGUUAAAAAAGUUAGUGAACUUUGUAGCAAACUUCAAGGAAUUCUUGUUUUGUCACAGGAUUUAAUAGCUUUUCUGGAAUUGUAAUGGAUGCUCGUGAGCUGAACUAACUAUAUGCUGUUGUUAGGCAACUAUCAAUACAAUAGCAUGUUAGUUGUCUUGUCAGCAAAUACGGAUAAAGUGUUUGUGAUAUGCAAGAAUUAAUUUUGUUGAAGGUGGUUUCAGCUA